AUGUCAACUUCAGCUAUUGGUGAGACCAAUGAAGUGGAUGUGGCCCAUAAUUCACGUUCCGGCACCAAGCGUUACAUGGCUCCAGAGGUACUAGAUGAGACCAUGAACAAGACACACUUUGACUCCUACAGACAGGCAGACAUGUACUCUUUUGGUCUGGUGUUGUGGGAAAUUGCCCGGCGUUGUGUAUCUAAUGGUCAUGUGGAGGAGCACCAGGUCCCUUACUAUGACUGUGUACUCAAUGAUCCUAGUUUUGAUGAGAUGAGAAAGAUUGUGUGUGUGGAAAAAAUACGACCAGCUAUUCCAAACAGAUGGUCUUCAGAUGAGUACCUACGAACAAUGUCAAGAGUAAUGCAAGAAUGCUGGGCACACAAUGCAGCAGCUAGACUCACAGCUCUCCGUGUGAAAAAGACUCUGGGUAGACUUAGUGAGCAGCUUCAGAAAUCCACGAAGUCAGACAGCUAGGACUGUGUGUGUAAGCCUCCUAGAGGAACUGCAAUCUUCCAAUCAAAACUAGCCACACUGAUGAAGUGACUGCAAUAAACACCCCCUCUGUAAUCUGGGGAGAUUGAGCUAGACUCACCGAAUUUUGACUAGCCUAACAAUAGCUUCCAGGUCAUGUACUGUUUAGUGCUUGAGUAGAUGUACUUGUCACUAAAAUGUGUACGUCCUUGUGUCAACUCCUGUCAAUCUCUCUAGUGAACUUUGAUUUCACGUGGUCAAACUAUUUGAUCCUGAAUAGAUUCAAAGGGUUUAGAUUUUGUGCAUCACAUUUAUUAAGCUAUACUGGUCUCUAACUGUAUCUGUAAGAAGGAUGACCAUUUUGUGGAGUCAAGUUUUCGAAUUGUCUUUUUGUAGACUUUAAUACACCAAAAAGAAAAAUGCUAUAAAAUAUAUCUACCAUUAAUAUGAGUACAAAAAUGUACUACACAAUGAAUAUAAUCACUACAAAUUAACUGCUGUGAAAGUCUAAGUUUAUUAUGUUAACAUGAAAUGAUCGGACCAUAAAAUCAAAAGAUUUUAUAGAUUAUUUACGCUAUAUCAAAAUUAGUGAAAUCAAAGGUAUUAAAAGUGCAAUGCUUCCAACAAGAGUGAAAACUUUUUUUUCAACUUAUGGAAAUGCUUAAGUAAGAACUGUGACUGUCAGACACGGAGAUAGCAUAUUAUCUUCAAAUCAUGCUUUUAAUGAAGUUAAAUUAGCAUAUUAUCUUCAAAUCAUGCUUUUAAUGAAGUUAAAUUUUAUGGCUACACCAAGCCCAUCGCUAUACCCCGAGUUUUAAUUUGCCAAAAAUUCUUAAGGUUCACUUGAACACUAAAUCUUUAUAAAAAAUUGUGGGUAUGAAUUUCUGUAGACCCCUAUGGUUCUGUAAGAACAUGUUGUACAACUUCACCUUUCCUAUACUCAGGGACAGGGUAGAACUCUGUGUCUAUGUAGUCAAAGCUAUAUAACCUACAAUACAAUUACCAGUGGGGUGUAUCUAUGUAGGCAGAGCCUUCAGUAGAAUACAAUCACCAGUGGGGUGUAUCUAUGUAGUCAAAGCUAUAUAGCCUUCAAUACAAUACAAUUACCAGUGGGGUGUAUCUAUGUAGUCAAAGCUAUAUAGCCUUCAAUACAAUACAAUUACCAGUGGGGUGUAUCUAUGUAGACAGAGCUAUAUAACCUACAAUACAAUCACCAGUGGGGUGUAUCUAUGUAGUCAGAGCUAUAUAACCUACAAUACAAUUACCAGUGGGGUGUAUCUAUGUAGUCAGUGCUAUAUAACCUACAAUACAAUUACCAGUGGGGUGUAUCUAUGUAGGCAGAGCCUUCAGUAGAAUACAAUCACCAGUGGGGUGUAUCUAUGUAGUCAAAGCUAUAUAGCCUUCAAUACAAUACAAUUACCAGUGGGGUGUAUCUAUGUAGUCAGAGCUAUAUAACUUACAAUACAAUACAAUUACCAGUGGGGUGUAUCUAUGUAGUCAGAGCUAUAUAACCUACAAUACAAUUACCAGUGGGGUGUAUCUAUGUAGUCAGUGCUAUAUAGCCUUCAAUACAAUACAAUUACCAGUGGGGUGUAUCUAUGUAGACAGAGCUAUAUAACCUACAAUACAAUUACCAGUGGGGUGUAUCUAUGUAGUCAGAGCUAUAUAGCCUUCAAUACAAUACAAUUACCAGUGGGGUGUAUCUAUGUAGUCAGAGCUAUAUAGCCUUCAAUACAAUACAAUUACCAGUGGGGUGUAUCUAUGUAGUCAGAGCUAUAUAGCCUUCAAUACAAUACAAUUACCAGUGGGGUGUAUCUAUGUAGACAGAGCUAUAUAACCUACAAUACAAUACAAUUACCAGUGGGGUGUAUCUAUGUAGUCAAAGCUAUAUAGCCUUCAAUACAAUACAAUUACCAGUGGGGUGUAUGACAACCUGUUCUGGGCAUGUCGGGCAAAGAACAGAAAAUGUUAAAUAGUAUUUAUUUUCCUGGUAUUUUUCAACGAACUUACAUGCUUUUAAGAAAAUAAUCCAGAGAAACAGUAUCAAUUGUGAUGUAGUUGGUGGGAACAACAAUCCAGAGAAACAGUAUCAAUUGUGAUGUAGUUGGUGGGAACAACAAUCCAGAGAAACAGUAUCAAUUGUGAUGUAGUUCAGUGGGAACAUGGGAGAAAUCAACAACUGGAUGCUGAGUUUAGAAUGUAUUCCCCAUCUCUUCGUAGGAUCUAGUAUUAAUUUUUGAUCUGACCAGAGGUAAUGUAUCCUUAUUGAUAUUUUAUAGUGCUUUGUAUGUAUGUUUUUUAGAUUGUCUUAUUGUCGUUAUGACAUUAUUAUAUAUACAAUGUAUGUUAAUUGAGUAAAUGGCCAGUUAGUAAUUAGAUAGGAAUCCAAUCAGAUCUAAAUAUAUCAGAGAGUUCGGUUAUGCCUUCCUGUUAGAGGAGAACUGCAUGUGCAUACUGCUAUAUAGUAGACAUUUAUAUAUUGUUUGAGCUUAGCUUGAGAUAAACUCAAGGGUUAUAAUAAGGACUAGGUUGCUCCAACUUCAAUAGACAAUUUUCCUGCUCAAAUUUAGAUUGCCUUAUUCCUUGUUUUGGUAACAGAAUAUUGAACUAGUAUAUUCUUUUAAUGAUUAUUGAAUAAUAUCUUUACAUUUCGAGGAAUUGUGCAUAGAACUUUGCCAAAAAAAAGUUUAAUAAUUUGUCGCAAGUGCAUUUCAUAUGAACCUAUUGAUUCAUCCAUAAUUUGAACAAGCUGUUUGAUAAAUAGCAUUACGGUAAUCAAAUUUUGCGGUUCUCUGAGGAAAUUUAUAGUUAGAAGGUAAAGAUCUGAAUCAAAGGUCUGAAAGGAGUUACAGCAUGAUUUCUAUUUUUUUAAGAAAGUAUUUGUUUUUGCAUACAUUGCUUGUUUUUUAUAUUGAUGAGAUAAUUUCAGAAUUGAUACCAGUGAUUUUUAAUGUCAUAAUAAGAUUACUCCAUUACUGUCAUUAAUCCUCUAUUGGAAACCCAUUACAUACAAUGUUCUCCUGAUCAGUGACGUAAUAAUAUCAAUCUAAGUAAAAGUAGACUUGUAAUUUACGAUAUUCUAUGAUACACUACAAAACAAGAUCUAGUAAUUCCCUGUAGAAGGUUAUCACAGCAUGACUGUUGAUCUCAGCCAAUCAGCACACCGCCUAUGAAAUUGUCAAUGUGGUUCCAUUUUUUGGAAGUAUAAAUCUGUAGAUUGAAAUGGAAUAACAUGUAAAGUAGUAAUUUUCAAAAUCCAGUUUAGCACACCGCGUAUGAAAUUGUCAAUGUGGUUCCAUUUUUUGGAAGUAGAAAUCUGUAGAUUGAAAUGGAAUAACAUGUAAAGUAGUAAUUUUCAAAAUCCAGUUUAGCACACCGCCUAUGAAAUUGUCAAUGUGGUUCCAUUUUUUGGAAGUAUAAAUCUGUAGAUUGAAAUGGAAUAACAUGUAAAGUAGUAAUUUUCAAAAUCCAGUUUUCAACACUGCUAUACAAAUUGUCCUGUUGACGAGACAUUGGUAAUUGUUUUCGGUUUGUUCAUUGUAACGCCCAGAGAAUUAGCAACUUUAUUUUUAUUUCAUUAAGACAUUAAGGCCAUUAAGAAAGUACACCAAUAAUGUUUGCGUAUUUCAAAACAAACACUGAAUUAAGUUAUAAAUACUAAGAAGGUUCGUAUAAGACUCUUUGUCAUUGGUUGAUAAUUUAUGUCAUUGACCAGAUUUCAUUUGCUUAUAUUUGAAGCUCAGAGGUCAUUCUGAGAUGACCUCCUGCUGGGUAUUGUUAGAUCUUGAAUUGAAAUGUAUCGUAGAGGAGCGGAAAUUACAAGUUUUAUUUUAAUUAGAUUGGUAAUAACUUGUACUUUAACUGGCAAAACCCAUUACUGUCGAUAAUUAAAUAUAAUUACAUGAACUACUUGGAAAAACCCGUUACUGUCAGUCAGUUAUUUUAACUACAUGUUCUUUUACUGGGAAGACUUAUUACUGCAGUCAGUUAUUGUAAUUACAUGUACAUGUACUUAUACUGGGAAGACCCGUUACUGUCAGUCAGUUAUUGUAAUUACAUGUACAUGUACUUACACUGGGAAGACCCGUUACUGUCAGUCAGUUAUUGUAAUUACAUGUACAUGUACUUACACUGGGAAGACCCGUUACUGUCAGUCAGUUAAUUACAUGUACAUGUACUUACACUGGGAAGACUGUUUACUCCAGAUUAGUAAAUAAAUGUAUAACUAUGUGGAUAUUUUCCUCUAUUAAAGCUGCUGUACUAUACAAUCAAAAAUUUAAUAAUUUUUUACAUUUUUAAUAGCUUCCCUUAAUGUUUUACCAUGUGUGCACUAGUAUUAAUUUGAUUACUAUUAUUUCCUUUGAGAAAGAGUAAUUUUAUGCAGCAAUUUAACCACAGAGAAAAACCAGUGCACACAUUAUAUGGGAGUUCAUUUCAGUAGUUUUCAGGUUUGAUGUUUUAUUUUUAAGUUUCAAAGAUGUUUAAUAUUAGAUUUUACACCAUUGAAAUAUAAAUAUAACUUGUUAUUUUGUAUUUUGAAUGUUCAUUCUUUGAUAUAAUUUCCUUAAAAGCCCAAGGUUGCUAUCAUUUUGCAUUUUAGAAUAAAAUUGUUAAGUUGCACAGGGAAAACAUGAAAACAGUACAGCUGUGAUAUGAUCCGAGAAACAUAUACUGGUGGCGGAAUCCUUUGGAUUCACAAGCUACUUAAUGUUUAGGUAAACAGAGGUACAGCCUUAUUAUUUAUAUGUUAUGUAGAUGAGCUAUAGAUUUUCUUAGUAAAUCUAGCACACAGAGACAGUUUUACUUCCAAUAGAUCUACCUGAUGUAUUAAUUUACCAUAUUCUGAAUUCUGACAAUGUCAUUUGUCAUUUUUGAUGGAAAUCGGGGCCAGAGUAUGGAAACUUUAACAGGUAUUUCAUACUUAAACUAUUCGUAUUAUGUGCAACGAUUUCAGAAUUGUAUUUGAUUUAAAAUUAUGAAGCUGCGAAGAUAAGUCUGUAGUGUUUGUGACGUGGUUGCGUUAAUUUUUACACCCUGUAAUGUUAACAACCUGGAUCAUGAUAUUAGUCUUCGUUUUCCUUUUACAUUACCUCUACUUUUUUAAAAGUUUGUCACGUUUAUGUUUUAAAUAAUUACGACAUUAAUUAUAUUGUCAUUCAUUGUGUUAUAUUCCAUCUUUACCUCAGUCUCAUUCUGUUUUGGCCUGAACCCAAAUUUGGUCAGAAAUAUUUAUAUAUAUCGUCUAGAUAGCUGUAUUUUAUAAAGAUUUGUUUUAUGAAUAAUUUUUAAUACAUAUAAAAGAUCAAGGCUACGCUGUAUAUUCUGUGUGAUUCCAGUAAAUGUUCAAUAUGCAUGAAAAACAGCAAUUUCCAUAAACAAAAUCCAAGGAAGGUAUUUUUCCUGUGUGAUUUCAAAGACUAUUGGGCAUAUAUUUGAAUCCUGUGCUACAUGAGUGUUUCUAACAGAAAAAAUGGCUAGUACUUGAAUGUGCUGUAAAGACGAAGCAGGACUUGUUUGUGAUAUUUUUAAUGUUCCCCUAAAGUUGUUUCUAUGUAUUGUUUGUUAUAUAUAUCUAUAUAGUAAAUACUGCCAACAGUCUGGCUAUUUUUAUUGUAAUGGCCAGAUAUUGUAUGUGUGUAAUUUAUGAGUACAUAGUGUCAAGUAGUAGAUUAUUCUGUAAUAGUCACGUGAUACAAUGGUUUUAGACAUCUUCCUUUAGACUAGGCAGAUGCUGAAACAUUGCAAUUUUCAAAGAAUUCAACUUUCUAAGCUUUUUCAAGGACAGAAUGGAAUGUGAAAAAUAGAUUAAUUGAAAACAUUAGUAUAUAAAUUAAUGAUCUGUUGUAUUAUUUAUAAUCCUCAUUAAUUAAAACAUGUAAAAUAAAUCAUGAAAAUUUGAAUCAUGAUCAAACAACCUUUACUACCAGAAAUAGUAUUAAUAUAUUGAACACCACCAUGUAUCUGCUGCUGUGUUGGAGAAUGAGAUGUACUGUUGUCUGUUUUAUAUGUACCGGGACAUAUGUUUGGUGAGUAUUGUUUGUAUACAAACAAAAUGUUUAAAGCCUGAGAAGGUUGGGUACGAUUACAAUGUGUAGGAUAAGAAUGUGUAUAGUUACAAAAGUGUAUGGUCAGAUAAUAUAUACAUUGUUGAGAAUGUGUAUUGGGUGGAUGAUUUGAAUGUGUAUUGGACAGAUGUGCUAUAUAUCCCUACCCUUUAGUAGAAUAUAUAUAAAACCUCAUCUUACCUAUUGCUGUUUGUCAUAUAUGUACAUUUGUAUAUAUAAAUACAUAUGUGAUAUGAAGCAUAUUCAAGAAGUUUUCCCCAUGGCAAUACCCAAUAAGCUUGUAGAUUAUUUUGCGUCAGAAUCAUAUGAUUACAAAGGAGCCACCGUUACUGUUAUAGAGAGGGUAGCUAUCCCCAGUACCUGGUGGAUCUCCAUACAGGGUAUAACCCACGUAUGAUUUAGGUUUGGCUGAAUAGCUACGAAAUCAUGUCUUCGAUAGUUAUUUUGACAUAAAUGACUUAUAGAUUUAAUAUGUGUGAUUUAUGUAAUAUUCUCAGAUCCAAGUAUGACAACUUAACAUAAAUGGCUCAUAAAUUAAAUAUGUGUAAUACAUAUAAUAUUCUCAGACCCAAGUAUGGCAAUUUAACGUAAGGUCAUUAAUUCAAUUUUUGUAAUUGAUGUGAUAUUCUCAGAUCCAAGUAUGGCAGGUUCUUUGUAGCAGAUUUAAUGAUAUACUUUUGUUUCCAAACAUAGAUUUCUCUGGCCUUAAAGUCCAAUUUUACUUUUACUUAAUUGAGUGCCAUUUGUACUGUUUAAAGCAAUACAUUUUCUAUUGAUUACAGAAUAUGAUGUCUUGCCAUUAAGUGGUUAAGUGGUUGUUAAAAUAAUAACUGUAUAUUUUGUGGUUGAUCAACGCAGGGACAAAACUAUCUUCCAUUGCCGACAGUUUGUAAUCAUCUUUGCACAAUAAACAAAGCUUACAUGUCA